UAUGCUUUGCUCUCCCCCCAUGAUGCUGCCUAACUGGUGCAGUGUUUCAGCCCAUCAGCGGAUCCAUAAGCACCGCGCACCCCAUGUGUGUCCAGAGUGUGGUGGCACUGCUCGUCAGGCCACGUUUCAAACCCAUCUGGAAGAGUCUUGCCUGCACUUUGCCAGACGCAUCGGCUACAGGUGCUCCAGUUGUCAGGUUGUGUUCGGAGGUUUGAACUCCAUCAAGUCCCACAUACAAACAGCUCACUGUGAGGUAUUUCAUAAGUGCCCCAACUGCCCGAUGGCCUUCAAAUCUGCCCAGAGCGCACAGGGGCACAUCACUUCCCAGCAUCCUGCCCUCACAGCUGCACAGGCUAAGAUGAUCUACAAGUGUGUCAUGUGUGACACAGUGUUCACCCAGAAACCUUUGCUCUACAUGCAUUUUGACACUCACCUGGCCAAACAGAAGGUGCAUGUGUUCAAAUGUCCAGACUGCACUAAACUUUAUGCCCAGAAAGGGUCCAUGAUGGAACACAUCAAGACUGCUCAUAGAGGCCUGUCCGUCAAAACAGAGACUCCGCCCACCACCUCAUCUCCGGUGUCAGCUCCUGCCAGCAACUCCAGCUCUAAGCCCAAACCCACUGAAAACAAUUCAGAUGAGUUGAGCCAGGGACAGGGGGAGGAGGACGAGGAGGGGGAAGAGGAGGAGGGAGAGCAUGAAGGGGAAGAGAGAGACGAGGGAGAAGAGGAGGAGAAUGAGGAGGAAGAUCAGGCGAGCUCUCCAGAAAGCGGGAGUAUGGAGUGGAGGUGCAAGGAGUGCAAGAAACGCUAUGCUGAAAGAGAGGACUACAUCGAUCACAUGAAGAACGAACACGGCAAGUUAAUGAAGAAGUUCCCCUGCAGAUUGUGUGAACGUUCCUUCAGUUCAGCCAAUAGCCUUCGUCGACAUGUCCGAAUAAUACAUGAGGGUGUCAAGAGAGUCUUCCGCUGCCCGCACUGCUCAGAGGGCAAGCGUACGUUCAGUAGUCGUCUGAUUUUGGAGAAGCACAUUCGGGUCAGACAUGGCAUCAGAGCUCGACAAACAACAGACAGACCGAAUGCUCCAAACACCAGAAAGCGUUCGCUUCCGGGUGACGGGGCAGGCAGCUCGUCUGAGCUCGACAAUGAGGGUGGAGCUCCACCUAUAGGAGGCGGCGCCGAUACUGAUGACGUCGCAGGAGAGGACGCCAAAAGAACUCGAGAGUCUGAGAACCGGCCGCUCGAGCAGGAGGAAGACGAAGGCACAUUCCGCUGCACACCCUGCGGCUUCACCACACAGGAUUGGGAAGAGUUCCAGCACCACAUUCCCGUCCACUGUGACGCGGAGAACUCGCCGCAGCAGUGCCUGCAGUGCGGCGCCUGCUUCGCCUCAGCCGGCUCCCUCAGCCGACACAAAUUCAUCACGCACCGUUUACGCCAAGGUCAGCAUGACAAUCGUGGCGGAAACGCAUCACCUGGCGCGUCGUCGCAGGACGACUCUCCGUCCUCACCUAAAGCGGGCGAGGAAGGGGAAGGGGGGGUCAGCUGCAGGGUGUGCAGCCGGCGCUUCGACAAGGCUUCGGACCUUAGCACUCAUUUCCGCACACAUGGCAUGGCCUUCAUCACGGCGCACAGGACCGACAAGCCCUUGUAGAAACGAGUGAGACAGGACAAGACAAGGACAAGCCGUUACAAAAUGUGUCACAGCUUUGGAUUAUCCAAGACGAGUUUAAGAUUAAUACAUAUAACUUGGAAAAUGUUUAUGUCGUUAUGAUUGUAACGUGAUCUGUCUUCCAAAAUACAAAGACAUUAAAAGUUAUUUCCCCCUUUCCACCCUGUUUGCAACAUCCACAGUCUUAAAUGAAUUUACACAAGGUCAAAUUGUAUCUGCUCGAAAACUACUUUACAGCGAUCGAGCUGUUUGGCGUAUGCUGGGUUUUGCGUCAAUCCACAAAAAGCAUUUAAGCAAAAAGGGUGCUAGUGAAGGUU